ACAACCACCAUGGUCUCUCCCGGCGUGCGGUUCCUCUUGCAGACCGUGCUCCCGGUGCUCGCCAGGCCCCUCCUGUUUGGCAUCGCCCUUCACCAUGGCUCGCGCUUCCUCGACUACGCGCUGCCCUUGUGGGCGACUGCUGUUGUCGCGAGCGCAAGCCUUCCCACGCUCGGCGCACUCAGCAUCUGGCGCAAACAGCGUCAACAUGCGCGCGAGGCUGCUGCGCUUGGUGCCCGACUCGCACCGCAACCUCAGGGGCGCUGGCUUGGCAAUCUCGACUUGCUGCGCCGUCUAAUGUGGAACUCACGUUACGGCUAUCCGACGGAGACGAUUACGAACUGGAUGGCGGAACUGGGGCCGGUGGUUAAUGUCAGGAUGUUUUGGACGGACGCGAUAGUCACGUCUGACCCUGAGCACAUCAAACGCGUUCUUUCGACUGACUUCAGCAACUAUGAAAAAGGCCCGCGGUUCCAGAACAUUAUGCGCAGUGUCCUCGGAACCGGCGUCUUCAACUCCGACGGCGACAUGUGGAAGUUCCAUCGGACUAUCACCCGCCCGUUUUUCGCUAAAGACCGCAUCAGCCACUUCGAAGAGCUCGACAGAAACGCUGAGCUCGUUAUUACGACGCUCAAGUCCCGCUCACGCGGGGGCUAUGCGGUCGAUUUCCAAGACCUUAUUGCGCGCUUCACUAUGGACUCCGCCACCGAGAUGCUGUUUGGCACGUGCGUAAACAGCCUGAAGGCGCCCGUCCCGUACGCACACAACGCCAAUGUAUUCGGCAGUGAGCGCCCGCCGACAAGCGACGAGAACGCGUUCAUCGAGGCGUUCAGCCAGGCUAUGGAGCAGGUCGCGCGCCGCGAGCAGCGCGGUCUUCUUGCGCCGCUUGCAGAGAUGUGGGAGGACACGACGGCCAAGUCAAUGAAGGUCGUCAGUGCGUUUUUGGACCCCAUUAUCGCGGCGGCGGUCGAGCGGAAGAAGGUUGCAGAUGCAAUGGGUGGGGAGAAGCGCGAGGCGCAGACGUUGCUGGACGAGCUGUUAAACUCGACUUCUGAUCAUACUAUCUUGAAGGAUGAGACCUUGAAUAUUCUUCUGGCCGGACGCGACACAACCAUGCACACCCUCACGAUGGUCAUGUACUUCCUGUGCAUCCACCCAGCCGUGAACGAACGCUUGCGCGCCGAAGUUCUGGACCACGUCGGCCCUUCCCGUCAGCCAACCUAUGAGGAUAUCAAGGACAUGAAGUACCUCCGCGCGGUGAUCAACGAGGCUCUCCGGCUGUACCCUCCUGUUCCAUUUAACGUGCGCUCGUCCGUCAACGCAACGACGUGGCCUUCACCCGACCCGAACGAGAAACCGAUUUACAUCCCUGCUGGCACCAGUAUCCCGUACUCGGUGCUCAUUAUGCAGCGGCGCAAAGAUUUGUGGGGGCCUGACGCGGACGACUUUGACCCGGACCGCUUCCUCGAUGCGCGCGUGAAGAAAUACCUUCUCUCCAAUGCAUUCCAGUUCUUGCCUUUCAACGCCGGUCCGCGCAUUUGCUUAGGCCAACAGUUCGCGUACAACGAGAUGUCGUUCAUGCUGAUCCGCCUCCUGCAAUCGUUCUCGGGAUUCACGCUCGACGAGGAGGCCUGCCCGCCGGCGGCGCGCGUGCCACCGGAGUGGAAAGGCGCGCCGGGACGGAAGGGCAUCGAGCGCUUUCGGCCGAAGAUGCAUUUGACGAUGUCGACUCAGGGAGGACUUUGGAUCAGGGUUGCGGAAGCCACAGAUUGA